CUAGCUGAUAACAACAACUAAGCGGAAGUGUGGAGCAUCCGAGAAGUCUCUCGCCGUAACGGCGCCGCCCAUGGAGAAGUCAGGAAAAAGGUGGAUAUAUAUUGCUUUUUUUUUUUUUUUUUCCCCUCUCGCGAUGUUCGUCAAAAUCUACGAGACUGUACAGCAUUUAAAUCCGCUAUCUGAAUUACAAGUGCGUCAUUAGUGUUGCUGAUAUCAUGGCGGCUACACUGUCGAAGAAAUGCGCGUCUCCUCUAAUUCUCAUUAACAGAACACUUUGCGUCCCGAUGCUGCAGAUACUACAGUGCGGUUAUCAUAAAAAGGUGGUGGACCACUAUGAGAACCCAAGAAAUGUGGGGUCUAUGGAUAAAAAUGCCAAGAAUGUGGGCACAGGUUUGGUUGGUGCCCCCGCAUGUGGAGAUGUGAUGAAACUGCAGAUUGAGGUGGAUGAGGCUGGGAAGAUUGUGGAUGCCAAGUUCAAAACCUUUGGCUGUGGCUCUGCUAUUGCUUCCAGUUCUUUAGCCACUGAAUGGGUAAAAGGCAAAUCUAUUGAUGAGGCCCUUAAGAUAAAAAACACAGAGAUUGCCAAGGAGCUUAGCCUUCCACCUGUCAAACUGCACUGCUCAAUGUUGGCAGAGGAUGCCAUCAAAGCAGCUUUGGCAGACUACCGUCUGAAACAGGAAGCUGAAGAGGAUGAGAAGACUUUGGCCAGAAACUAGGGGUCUACAUUUUUAUACCAAAGUUCUCCAACCCCUGCACUUUAGCCUGUCUUUUAAACGCACAAUUUGACUGACAGACUGUUACAGCCUAAGCCUUAUUUGUUUCAAUAUUUUGAUGUAUGAAUCUGCUUUAAAAGUGUUAACUUGUUUGAUAAGUGGUCAUUAAAAGAGUGUUUGGGAUGGUUUUAUGUGCUUAUGAAUGCAUGCACAAAUUUCUUUAAAUCAUGUCAGUGAACUAAUUCCUUACUCUUCGUAGAGUCUGAAGGUGGGAAAAUGUGGUUCAUUUUGGUGAAAAUUCUGCUGUGCUUUCAAACUUUGAUAUUUCAAAAUAAAGCAUUUGUAAACCUGAUGCACAUGGGCAUUGAUUAAUACUGUACACUCUCAAAAUCAAUAAAGUGAAAGACAACUUGCAUUUAA